AGGACCAUGUCGUACAGCAGAUGGAGUUACAACAGUGUUCUGGAUGAUGAGGGGAGUACUUUGCGUCAGCAGAAGCUUGACAGGCAGCGAGCAUUGCUAGAACAGAAGCAGAAAAAAAAGCGUCAAGAGCCAUUAAUGGUUCAGUCCAAUGUGGACAGUCGCACAAGAACGCGCAGAAUGAAACAUUCGGAAGAACAAGCGCCAUUGGUUGAAUCGUAUCUCAACAGCAACAGCAGCACCAUAUAUCAUGCAGUGCAGGAGGCCGAACAGGAAGAUGUAAAGGUGGUAGUGGACGCCCAAGCUCUGAAAUCAACUAAAAAAAUCAAGGCAGCAGCUGCAAGCUGUCAAACUGGCAACACCAGAAAGGAGAAAAAAGGGAAACACAAAGGGAUUGAUGGCCCAGCUGCUUUUCAAGAGGAUAUUCAGAAGAUAGGAAGUCAAGUGCAGAUUCUCACUGUUGGACAAUCAAGCCAUGAUGAAGAUGAUGGAGAGAAAAUGGCUAGUGGCCAACAACAGCAGAACAAACAGGAUCUUAGAACAGCAAUGCAGAAAAAGGAUCCCCAUGCAAAUACAUCCUGGUCCACUUCCACCUCCCAAUCCAGUCUUGUCGCCCUGGAUCAUGUUCCUGGCAUUUCAAGCAGCAUGAAUUUUGAUGAGGAAGAGGACGAGGAAGAUGAAGACAGUUCCAGUUCUUCACAGUUAAACAGUAACACCCGUCCUGGUUCUGCCACAAGCAAGAAAUCCAAUAAGGAAGCAGCCUCAGCCCCCAGUCCUUCCACGAAUGAGCCUCUCAUUGAUGUUGAUGACCUGGAGGAAUUUGCUGUAAGACCUGCUCCACAAGGUGUCACCGUCAAAUGCAGAAUCACAAGAGACAAGAAGGGAAUGGAUCGAGGGAUGUACCCUACUUAUUACCUCCACUUGGAAAGGGAGCAUGGUAAAAAGGUGUUUCUGUUAGCUGGAAGGAAACGAAAGAAGAGCAAAACCUCUAAUUACCUCAUCUCCAUAGACCCAACUGACCUGUCUCGAGGUGGAGAGAGCUUUAUUGGAAAACUGAGAUCAAAUCUUAUGGGAACCAAGUUUACAGUUUAUGACAACGGAGUAAAUCCAAUGAAAACAACAGCAAGCCUGGAGGCGAAUAUCCUGCGUCAGGAGCUAGCUGCUAUUUGUUACGAAACAAAUGUCUUGGGGUUUAAAGGACCUCGCAAAAUGAGUGUGAUCAUACCAGGAAUGAAUAUGGACCAUGAAAGAGUUUCCAUCAAACCACGAAAUGAACAUGAGACACUUCUUUCAAGAUGGCAGAACAAAAAUACAGAGAGUGUCAUUGAACUGCAUAACAAAACUCCAGUCUGGAAUGACGACACCCAGUCCUAUGUUUUAAAUUUCCAUGGUCGAGUCACGCAGGCCUCCGUGAAAAACUUCCAAAUUAUUCAUGAUAAUGACCCUGACUACAUUGUGAUGCAGUUUGGCCGUGUGGCUGAGGAUGUGUUCACCAUGGACUACAACUACCCAAUGUGCGCACUACAAGCCUUUGCUAUUGCCCUUUCAAGCUUUGACAGCAAGCUGGCUUGUGAGUAAAGGGGCAUGGGAGAGCAUCCUCUCAGAGGAAGCAGUUUGCCAUAUGAUUCCCCUUGCUGGUGUCACUGACAGUCUGUACUAAACAGGUCAGGGAAAAUGCAGUUCUGGAGGAGCACUAUAUUGCUGUGGAGAAAAUAAAAUUAAUCUUUUAAAAAUUCAGGACAUUCAGGAAAUACUGUUUUCCUUCUUUUUCUCUCAUAUUUUUCUGAAAGUGGCAUCAGGUUUGUGUAAAUAGAAGUCUUAUCUCAUGUUCUUGAUUAUGUUAUGGAGAUGUGCCAUGAUGUACUGUACCGUGGCUCUAGUAGCACCAUUAUAAUGGUGUGUCUUUUAUAAAUCCAGAAAGCACGCUCUCAAAAAAAUUCUUUUUACAUUUAAGAAUAAUUCUGAGGCUGCAGUCAUACCUCACGGUUGCAUUCC